AUGGCCAAAGUCUCCACUGUGAAGAUUAUUGAACAAUGCCUCGUCUGUCCUCAACCGUCCUCCUCAUCAUCAUCUCCACCAAUUACCUCUCUCCCUCUAACAUUUCUUGACAUUCCAUGGCUUUUCUUCCCUCCAAGUCAACCUCUUUUCUUCUAUGAAUUCCCUUAUCCAACUUCUCACUUCACCUCCGUACUCCUUCCAAAUCUCAAACACUCUCUUUCCCUAUCUCUCCAACGCUUCCGCCCCCUCGCCGGAACCCUAAUCCUGCCUCCCCGUCCCCGAAAGCCCGAGAUUUCCUGCGGUGAAGCCGACUCUAUCUCCUUCGCCGUCGCCGAGUCCGACGGAGACUUCAACCACCUCUCCAGCCCUAGUUGCCAGAGAGAUGCCAAGGAGUUUCACAAACUUGUGCCUAAGUUACUACCUCUACUGCUAUCACGUGAUGAUGACGCACGUGACAAGCAUCCUUUGCUUGCCAUUCAAGUGACUAUGUUUCCUAACUUUGGUUUCACCAUUGGCUUGGCAUUCCACCACGCUGUUGCUGACGGAAGGACGUUUAACAACUUCAUGAGGGUUUGGUCAACGCUUUGUAGUGAUCUGAUUGGACGGGGUAGUGAUCAUCAUAUUGACCGCUGGUCUUGUUAUGAUCGGACGGUCAUCGUUGACUCUCAUGGGUUGGAGGGUAUAUUCUUGAAGGAGUGGUGGAAGAGAAGAUGUAAUUUAUUGCCCAUGGUCAGUGCCAAACUGGAAUUGUGUGACAUGGUUCGUGCCACGUUUGUGAUGGGGUUGGAUGAUAUGGAGAGGGUUAAGGGUUGGAUUGUCACAAUUCAAUGCAAGAGAAAAAGUAAGCCACAUUCUUUAGAUUUUUCUCCCUAUGUGUUGACUUGUGCAUUUUUAUGGGUUUGUCUAGUGAAAACCCAAGAGAUAGGAGGCCUAACCAAUGGCCAUAGCCUAAAUGAGGAUCUGAAUUACUUCGGGUUUAUUGCGGGCGGGUUGACCCGAGUGGGGUACCCAGUACCCGUGACAUAUUUCGGCAACUGCAUCGGGUUUGGCCGGGCAAUGGCGGUGAGGGGGGAAUUAAUAGGGGAAGAUGGAAUCCUUGUUGCGGCGAGAGCGAUCAGAGGCGCGAUCAAGAUGUUGGACAAGGCGAUGUUUAGUCGGGCGGAUAAAUGGGUUACGGAGUGGCAAACGUUGAUCGGGUCGGACAUUCACAUUAUUGUUUCGGGGUCGCCUAAGUUGGAUCUGUAUGAGAAGGAUUUUGGAUGGGGGAGACCCAAGAAGAUAGAGGAGAUUGAGAUUGACACCACAAAGGCAAUUUCACUUAGUGAGAGUAGAAAUGUGAAGGGUGGGAUGGAGAUUGGCAUGGUGUUGCCAAAGCCUCAAAUGGAGGCCUUUGCCAUAAUAUUCAAGGAAGGUCUAAAAGGCUCUCUAGUCUCAUGAUUCUCUCCUCACUAUGAUCCAUGAAGAUAAUAGAUAUUGGUUUGACUAGUGGUUGUAGUGUGAAUAUGAUGUAUUAUUAUUCAUGUUAUUUUUUGUAUUUCAGUUCUGUAUUGCCUGCAGGAGGGGCCAUUUUUUCUCUGCUUGUAUGAUGCUUGUUGCUUAUUUGGCUUCAAAAUCAUCUGCUAAUUUUUGUUCCAUUAUUUAAGGAUCUACCGACAGUCCAAAUAAUGCAGUUGUGCAGACGCUGUCACUGG